AAAAAACUUUUGAUUAACCGAUUGUCAAGUGUCAACGUCAUAACUAGGAUUUAUUUUCUCGAAAUUUAAAUUUAAAAAUAAUAUCAUUGCUUUAUAAAAAAUAAUUUAGGUGUAUUUCCUUUGCUAUGUAUAAAUAGUGAGACUACUAUAAGAUAAUAAUUAAAAAUGACUAUCGUAGAAUAUAUGGCUUCUUUAGCCCAAAAUCCGUAUUUUGGUGCAGGUUUUGGACUUUUCGGUGUAGGUGCAAGUGCAGCUAUUCUACGAAAAGGAUUGCAGACUUCAAUGGUAUUAUUUAGAAGGCAUUGUAUGAUAACCCUUGAAGUUCCAUGCAGAGAUAAAUCCUAUCAAUGGCUAUUACAAUGGAUUACACAAAAAGGAGCAAGAAAAACUCAACAUCUAAGUGUCGAGACUUCUUUUGAACAAAAAGAUUCUGGACAGAUAAGAACUAAAUACGACUUUAUUCCUAGUGUUGGCCAACACUUUUUCCGAUAUGGUGGAACAUGGAUAAGAGUAGACCGUACAAGGGAACAGCAGACUUUGGACCUGCAUAUGGGGAUACCAUGGGAAACGGUAACAUUAACUUCAUUUGGCAGAAACAAGCAAUUAUAUUAUGGAAUUCUAGAAGAAGCUAGAACAAUGGCUCUCAAACAACAUGAAGGUAUGACAGUUAUGUACACCGCAAUGGGCUCUGAGUGGCGACCCUUUGGACACCCUCGUCGGCGCCGACCUAUACACAGUGUAGUUCUUCGAUCAGGAUUAACAGAACGGAUAGUUGCUGACUGUUUAGACUUCAUUAAUAACCCACAAUGGUAUACAGACCGUGGAAUACCCUAUAGAAGAGGCUAUUUGCUUUAUGGGCCACCGGGCUGCGGAAAAUCUUCAUUUAUCAUGGCAUUAGCAGGAGAACUAGAAUACAAUAUUUGUGUGCUCAACUUAUCUGAACGAGGCUUAACAGAUGAUCGAUUAAAUCAUUUGCUGAGUGUAGCUCCGCAACAGUCUAUAAUCUUACUUGAAGACAUAGAUGCGGCGUUUGUGUCCCGCGAGGACACGCCGACCCAGAAAGCGGCAUACGAAGGUCUCAAUCGCGUUACGUUUAGCGGACUGCUGAACUGUUUGGAUGGCGUUGCGUCAACCGAAGCACGGAUCGUCUUUAUGACGACGAACUAUUUGGAGAGGCUUGAUCCGGCCCUGAUCAGGCCAGGGCGUGUAGAUAUGAAAGAAUACGUUGGAUACUGCAACCAAGAACAGGUCGAACUAAUGUUCUUAAGAUUUUACAAAGGAGAAAAAGCGGCUGACCAUGCUAAAACGUUUGCCGAAAAAGUAAUGGAAGUAAAAAAAGAAGUCAGUCCAGCACAAAUUCAAGGAUACUUUAUGUUUCAUAAACAUUCACCCCCAGAGGACGUAUUGAUGGAUGUUAAAUCAAUAUGGACGCUAGGAUAAAAAAUUGUAUUUAAAAUAAAAUAAAGUUUAUUGAACAUUCAAGUUAAAAA